GUUAUCAGAGGAAUUUAUCCAGAGGAUAAGCUAUCGAGAGGUAUGAAGAAAUCGGCCGUCAGAAGUGGCAUUUUGAUACACGCGAUCUAGGAAGAAAGCUUCGCAUACCAAACUAUAGAUGUCUACGAUCUCUACAGCUUAAGUUGGCAAAACUGGAUUUACCUUUGAGAAUCGUGUUCCAAAGUGUUUGAUUGGACCAAUUCAAAUUCUCUUCUAAACAUUACUUUUACCUCGCAUCUCCUGUUAUCUGCGGGCCACAGCUUACGCAGCCAUAUUAAACCGAUCAUUUCUUUUGUGUCUUCCAGUGUGCUUGGUUCCGCACGAGUUCGUCCGUUUCUAUCAGUUUUCUAUAUAACUUUCCCGCAAAUUUCCCUGAAAAAGCAGUGCUUUAUUUUCUUUUAUAUCAACAGCUUUUGAUAUAUUUUCGCGCCAGAUGUUUGGCUGGUGUUGAUUAACUGAAGAAGUAAAUGCAAACAAUCACGUUAGAAGAAUAACUUUUCACGUGUGUAUUUGCAUAAAAUUAACAUCGACAGAAUGGCGGAGGCUAAUUUCGAUUACGAUCACGAUGUUGACGCCGAGCAAACACCUACAGUUGAUAGGAUGAAUAAACACUAUACUCUUUAUGUCACUAAUAUACCUGCAGAGUUAGAUGAGACAGCAAUCAGAGAACUUUUUAGUGACUAUGGUAAAAUUAUUGAUUUAAUUUACCGGCCUACUAAAGGAUGGGCCUAUAUUACAUAUGGAUCAUAUCGUGAGGCUGAACAUACAAUUAGGAAUUUGAAUAAAGCGUUAGAACUGAAAAUUAUACUAUUGAGAAAACCAAAGUUUUCUCCGCAGGAAGAUGAUGCAGCAUCUUUCACAGAAAGUUCUAAUGAAAUAUAUGAACGGCAAAAUCACAGAUCACCAAAUACUGUUGCAGAAUCAUCGCCUGUUUGUAAUGAUUCAAUUUAUACUCAGAAAAUUACUCGUGGCAAUCCACUAAAUGCACUUCGUAAACAUAAUCUCGUGCCACAAGGAACGCAAACAACAAAUUCAAACAGCAGAUCAGUUGUAUCUAAUGAUAAAGAAAAUGAACAUCAUUCCUCUUUCGACGUGAAUAGACUAUGGACAAGAGGUGAGGUAACAGUUACACGAGAUGGUAUAAGACGCGUUUCAUUUGGACGUGGUUAUACUUCGUAUGAGUUUCCAGAUGAAGAUCCAAAUUUAGAAGGACAUAUUGAUAAAAUGCACGAAAAACGAAAUACUGGAUUAUAUGAAUAUUCAGAAGACAAACUGUCGAGAGGACUAAAAAGCUGUGUUUUGUGUAAUACCAAAACAGUUCAUCGUUGUGAAAGAUGCUAUACGUAUUAUUGUAGCAAAGAGUGUCAAGUGAAAGAUUGGCCGCGACAUCAGGCUAAUUGUGACAGAAUACCGGCAUUGAUAAAAGACAAAGUUAAUGAUAUGUCGCCUUUGUGUAUCAAAGACGAAAAUCAAACACAGAUACAGUCAAGUGCAUCUAAUAAGACUGUAACACAGACACCUACACUUGGUAGUGUGAAACUGCGACGACCUAAUACACCUAAUAUGCAGACAGGAAACUCUAGCAAUACUGUGAACGCUAACACGGACAAAAGUAAUGCUGGAUGUUUAAAUAGUAAUGGCGAUAAUCAGAGUAGACAUUCACUUCUUCGUACUAACGUUAAUGGAUCUCAACUUAAACAAGAAGAUCAGUUGACAAAUGGAACCAGAAAUUCUUCGCAAAAUUGGUCGCCCAAACAGUUCGACGAAAAUACUGAUCAAUCGAAAAAAAAUACAUCUUUAUCUCCUCAAAAUCAACAUAAUCGCAAUUAUCAGUCUAAUAAAACUGCAAAUACAAGAACCUAUUCUAACAGAGAAAACAUCGACAAUGAUAAUAAUAUGAGAGGCAGAAAUCAAUUUCAUCAGAAGAAUGGAUACCAAAACGGUGAAAAAUCUGCUUUCCAUGAUAACAGAGAGACUGCCAAACAAGAAAAUAAUGCUUUUACUGUUCCGCGUAACGGUCAGUAUCUAUCACAAACAAAGUUCACAAAAGUUGAAAUAACAGUGCAAUUGAGUAAUGACGAAUACUGGAUAUGUAAAGAUGAGGAUUUACAAGCACGUACUGAUCUAAUGAAUAAACUAGAACAUUUAGCAGUAAAAUCACGUAAUUUAAAACCAGUUGUUGGUAGUGUUUACGGUGUACUUUACAAAGAUACUUGGCAUAGAGCUAUGGUAAAAUCUAUCAAUCCUAUAAAAGUUCAUUAUAUUGACUAUGGUAACGAAGAAAUUUUGGACAAAAAUGUUAUUUUCAAAGAUAUACGAGAUUUGCUUAAAAUAUCCAACUUUGCUCAAAAGAUUCGCUUGACACCUGUGAAUAGGCCAAAUAAAAGUCUGUUGUGUAAAGAUAAGAUAUCUAUUAGAAUGUUAUCCGUAGAUGCCGAUGAUACAAUGGUAGUAGAAAUGCAAGAAACUAAAGAUGAUAUGUUACACGCAACAGAAAGCACUGCACAAUCAAGUAAGAAUACUACAGUGAAAGAACUUGGGUCACCAAGAAAUUUACAAGUAUCAGUGAGUCAGACUAGUACUAAUAAAAAGCCUGAAUCGCAAGGAAACACUCAAGUAUCAGCGAAUAUCAAUAACAAAGCUCCUGAAAUGUGUAACAUCUUAUAUAAAUUUAUGAAUGGAGAGCAAUUGUCUCAGUUAGAACAAAGCGGUUUUAUAGAGCUUCAUGAACAAGUGGAAAAUAAUGUUUAUAAUGCAACCUUAUGCGCAUCUUCUUAUCUUAUGGAACUUCAGACAAUUUAUGAAGAUAUGCAAGCAGACUGUGAAAAAUUGAAAGUUAUAAAUUACAAACCACAAGCAGAUGAAUUAAUUUGUGGCUUAGAAAAAGAUAGUGGCAAAGGUAGUAGAUGGCACAGAGGAUACAUAUAUUUACCAAAUUCAACACCAUCCAACAUAUAUAUGCGUACAUUAGACGUACCAAAAAUUGUAAAAGUAGAAAAAAUCGUGCAGUGUCCCAAAGAGUAUCAGAAUAUUCUUACCUUCGGAGUAACGUGUAUUACAGAGCAAUCUACCGAAUUUCAAUUGGAAGGAGAAGUCUUUCAGAUUAAGGUAAUAAAUAAACACGCGCAACAAAUGAAAAUAAAACUAAUUCCAGAGGAGAAAAGCUGUAUUAAAGAAGAAAUACCAGCUAUAAUGAAGCCAUUGUCAUAUGUUACACCAGUUGUACGUUCAGAAUUGACAAGUGGAACUAAGGUAUGUAUUACCCACCCUUACAACCACUAUGUUGCAUUUGUAAGAUCUAUGGAUGAUGAAGAUGAAAAGUAUUUCUUGAAUAUUAUGUCACGUGUUAAAAACUGUGCAAAAACAGCACCGUUCCUUACCAAGCCUCCAAAUAUAAAUCAAAUUGUAAUUGCGCCAUUUAUCGACGAUAAUAGUUAUCGUGCCACAGUUGUAAAACUAUUAGAAGAUGACAAUGUUUUGGUUCAAUACAAUGAUUUCGGAAAUAUAUAUAAACUUAAAAGACAAAACCUUCAAGUCAUACCAGACGAUUUGGCAAAGGAACAAAGUUGUUUGACAAAAAUACUGUUAAAAGAUGUUCCUCGCGAUGUAACUAUAACUGAAGAGGCUAGAAUUUAUCUUCAAAAUCUAGCAGAUACUGAAACUCCCUUAACAUAUAUACGUUCAUCAUCAUCAUCAGAAGAAGGUGUUUAUUUGAUAACAGCAACAGGAGAGAGGAUCAAUGACAAGAUAAAAGAGUUGCUAUUAUCAAAAACAAAUAAUGAAAAGAAAUAUAUGUUAAGUGAUAUAGGAGUUGCUAGAUUAGGAUCUGCAGGUAAUACAGUAAAUGCAAUGGUAAUGUAUAUCGAAAAACCCGGAGUGAGUUACAUGUUAGUUCCUAGUGAUAACACUUUGUUAGCGCAAAUCGAUGCAUUAUGUUCACCGAUGGCGGAGUAUUGUAAUAAGACAAAAUAUUAUAUUCCUAAAAACAACGAAUUAUGUUUGGCAUUAUAUGAGAAAGAAUGGUAUCGUGCAGUUUGCAUAAAUUCGAAAAAAUCUCAGACAGCAUCUGAGAUUUUCUUCAUUGAUUAUGGAAAUUUGGAGACAGUAAGCCAUCGUGACAUAAGAGAAAUGCACGAAGACUUUAUGCACCCUCCAGCAAUGGCGACUAAAUGCGAAGUUAUUAAUCUAGCUCCUGUUGACAGUACUGGCCAUCCUUCAACUGCCGUGCAAAACAAAUUGGCGGAAUUAAUGGAUGUCUAUAAAGUUGUUCAGAUUCAAAUUAUUGAGAUAACUGACAACGUUACAAAAAUCGAGUUACCAGAGAUUCGCGCAAUAUUAGUUAAAAAUGGUCUUAUGUAGUAAAAUCCAUACGUUUGAUCGUUUUGUUUUAAAGAUUGUGGACAAUUGAACUUUUUUCAGUUUGUUUUUUUGCGUUAUACUUCUCAGUUCCACGUUGAUUUUUGUAAACGCAAUCUUAUAUUUUUAUACAUUUAACGUACACACCUGAUAAAGCUAUUUGUGUUGCAUAACUAUAGUAUAGUACCUAUUUUUACGUAUUUUUUAAGUUUUUAAACAAGUUGUUACAUGUAAUUUUAGUUUUUUCUCGGGUAACAUUUCAU